AUGUCCGGUGGCAGCACCUCUUCUCAACACGAGAAGGAAUCUCCUGGCGAGAUGCAUUCCGACUUGAAAAGGCCUGAAACUAAAGCCGAAAGUGUUAUUAACGGCAAUGUCGUUGCAACCAACGAUCACCUCCAGCGACACAUUGGUAACCGCCAGGUGCAAUUGAUUGCCAUUGGCGGCAGUAUUGGAACGGCAACAUUCGUUUCAAUUGGUACUGGUCUUGCUCGGGGUGGCCCUGUCAGCUUGGUUCUCGCCUACACUCUCUACUCAUGUAUGCUCGGCCUGGUCAACAACUCCAUGGCUGAGAUGUCCGUGUACAUGCCAACUACUGGAGCUUUCAUUCGUCUGGCCGGACACUGGGUUGACGAGGCUUUUGGCUUCAUGGCUGGAUGGAACUUUUUCCUUUAUGAGGCAUUCUUGAUUCCAUUCGAAAUCUCGGCCCUCAACCUCGUUCUGACUUACUGGAGAGAUGACAUACCCGUCGCUGCUGUCGUGGCAGCAUGCAUCGUGCUAUAUUUUGCUAUUAACGUUCUCACUGUGAAAUGGUUCGGUGAAAGCGAGUUUUGGCUGGCCUCUGGAAAGGUCUUACUCAUCAUCAUAUGUUUCAGUUUCACUUUCAUCACCAUGUGUGGUGGAAAUCCUCAGCGUGAUGCUUACGGCUUCCGGUACUGGAAAAACCCGGGUCCAUUUGCAGAGUACCAAUCAACCGGAGAUCUAGGUAAGUUCGAGGGCUUCCUUGCUGCUCUCUGGAGUGCUGCUUUCACUGUCGUCGGCCCCGAAUACGUUUCCAUGGUUGCUGGUGAAUGUGAGCUGCCUCGUGUUUACCUCAAAAAGGCCUUCAAAACGACCUAUAUCCGUUUCGGCAUUUUCUUCAUCGGAAGUGCCCUGACCGUGUCUGUUGUGAUUCCAUACAACGAGAAAACUCUUGUUGCGAUUCAAAAUGGCGGCUCCGGUGGCGGUACUGCUUCGGCCUCGCCUUAUGUGAUUGCGAUGAACAAUCUGGGUGUGUCGGUUCUUCCUCAUGUUACCAACGCUCUACUAGUCACGUCCAUCUUUUCUGCGGGCAACGCCUACACAUACUAUGGAAGCCGAAGUCUCUACAGCUUGGCCCUUGAAGGCCAGGCGCCGAAGUUCUUUCGCAAAACGACCAAGCAUGGUGUUCCAAUUUAUUGCCUCCUCGCGAUCAUGCUCUUCCCUUGCCUCGCCUUCUUGAACGUCUCCAGCAGCUCUGCAAAGGUCUUGACCUGGUUCACAAACCUCAUCACUGCCGCUCAAAUUAUCGACUAUGUCAUCAUUUGCAUCACGUACAUUUUCUUCUACCGAGCGCUCAAGGCGCAGGGCAUCGACCGCCGUACUCUCCCUUACUAUGGAUACUUCCAGCCUUAUUGCGCUUGGAUCGGUGGAAUCUUCCUUUUCACAGUGGUAUGCGUCUACGGUUAUACUGUGUACAAGCCAGGAGCUUUUGCGAUUGAUGCAUUCUUCACAUACUACUUUAUGCUUUUACUCGCACCAGUCACGUUUCUGGGAUGGAAAUUCGUCAAGAAGACGAAGCUGAUCAAGCCCGAAGAGGCAGACCUCAUUUGGGAGAAGCCUAACAUCGACGCAUACGAGGCAAUGUACGAAGGCGAACCCACUGGAUUUUUGAAGGAUGUUGGGAAUAUGUUGAGGUUCCGACGAAAUAAGAAUCAGAGCAGCGCCUGA